CGAUGAUUUACGCUAAAUCUUGCUAUCAUUUGAGGUCAUGCCGUUCAUUCAGGUCAUUUGAGGUCAGUCCGUGAAGAAGAAGAUCCUCAAUGUGCUGUACCCAAAAACUCCGUAGCUGAUGACGAAGAUGAGAUUGUGAUAGUGGAUGAAAGCGCUCAGCAAGCAAUGCUGAUGUCACCGCCACCACCUGGGUCGGUGGCGUCCGCAGUCGUGCAUACAAUUAAUGAAGGCGAUGAAGAUUGUAUGAUGAUGGAUAUUGUCGAACUGCCAACCGGUUCCGUAUCGUACACUGUUGCUUCCACUCGCGAGAAGAAGUACAAAUGCUCUGUGUGCAAACUGGAUCGGUGCAUGUAUCUCUGCCAACAGUGCACUGUUGCAUUUGAGGAUCAGCAAAGGGCGCGCAAACAUCUUGCUCAACAUAUGAUCAAGGGACCGGCGUUUCCUUGUGAAAAGUGCAGCAGUAUAUGUCUGACGGAAGCCAACCUCCGCGAUCAUCUGAAAAAGCACGCUGAGCAAAAGUUAUCAUAUCGUUGCUUGAAAUGCACUCCUCAUCAGAUUUACUACUCUGAAGUGGCGCUAUACUACCAUUUGUAUGUGGAACAUCGUAUUCCCAUCAUAGCGUUUUGUAAGAGUUGUCUUCUUGCUUCUGCCAACAUGGACCGUAUAUUCAAGCAUACCUACACACGUGAAUGCUCUGAUAGAAGAGAGGAGCCCCGUAUGACCACUGUGCCCAUUUUGCUGCGUAGUCUUGGAUUUGCUAUAGCAUCGGAGUUGUAUUUCCAACCCAACGAUGAGGCGGCAUACAAAAAAGCAAUUGCUAACAAGGUAUGAAG